GUUUAUCACUCUCCCUAACAAAUAGUCAUCUAUAGUCUUACAUGGGGUUCCCAAAGUAUGUAGUCGCCCGUCCAUCGGAAAUGCUUGCCAUCACGGGAAGAGGCAUUAGUGAAAUACUACUGAAGAAGAAGCACUUUGUGUUGCCCUUUCAAAAAUGCACUAGGCUUAACAUAUCCCCGGUGAACUACUCGUUCCAGGUACAAGCUAUGAGUGCUGAAAAACUCCCUUUUUGCCUUCCCGCGGUUUUCACAAUUGGGCCAAAAGUACUGGACGAGAACAACUAUGAGAGCCUGAUUAAGUAUGCUAAGCUUGUAUCCAAUAGUGACAAGGAAUCGACCCAUAUCCAAGAUCUGGUAAAGGGAAUUAUCGAGGGAGAAACUCGUGUUCUUGCUGCUUCGAUGACUAUGGAACAGAUCUUCAAGGGAGCCAAAGAGUUCAAGAAAGAAGUUUUUGAGAAAGUACAACUUGAACUCAAUCAAUUUGGGCUUUAUAUCUAUAAUGCUAAUGUUAAACAACUUGUAGAUGUCCCUGGCCAUGAGUACUUCUCUUACCUUGGCCAAAAGACUCAGAUGGAGGCCGCCAACCAAGCCAAGAUUGAUGUAGCGGAGGCAAGGAUGAAAGGAGAGAUAGGAGCAAAACUAAGAGAUGGAGAAACAAAGCAAAAUGCGGCUAAGAUUGAUGCAGAGACAGUGAUCAUAUCAACGAAAAGGCAAGGAGAAAGUAAAAAAGAACAAGUUAAAGUAAGGACUGAAGUGGAAAUAUUUGAGAAGCAAAGAGAAGCUGAGGUUGCUGAGGCGAAUGCCCUGUUGGCAAAAAAGAAAGCUGGCUGGUCUCAAACUGCCAGGCUGGCGGAGGUGGAAGCCGAAAAGGCGGUGGCGAUAAGAGAAGCAGAGCUGCAAAUGGAAGUGGAGAAGAAGAAAGCAUUUGCUCAGACUGCUAAGCUUAAGGCUGACCUUCUUAGCAAAGCUAAUGUUGAAUACGACAUUAAGGUUCAAGAGACAAACGCACAAUUAUACAGGCGGCAGAAAGAAGCGGAAGCUGGACUAUUCGAGAGCCAGAAGAAAGCAGAAGCACAGAAAGCAAACGCGGAUGCUGAACUCUAUACUCGCCAGCAGAACACAAACAGCGAGCUCUACGCAAAACAGAAGGAAGCCGAAGGAGUAGCAGCGAUUGGAAAAGCAGAAGCGACUUACUUAGGAUCCAUUCUUAAGGAACUGAAUCACAAUUACUCUGCUCUUAGAGACUACAUGAUGAUCAACAACGGUAUCUAUCAGGACAUCGCCAAAAUCAACGCUCAAGCAGUGAACGGUAUGCAACCAAAGAUUAGCAUUUGGUCAGGCGCGAAUGGCGAAUGCGAUGGAGAAGGUGGCAGCGGAUUGAAGGAUGUUGCGAGUGUGUACCGCAUGUUGCCUCCUCUGCUUCAAACUGUGCACGAGCAAACUGGGAUGCAGCCUCCUGCUUGGCUCGGGACAUUGCCCGAGUCUAAAUGAAGUGCAGUGAUCUUGAGUGUUUAAUUUAGUUAUGAUGGGAUUUAGUUAUGUUUAAUUUUCUAGUUUUUAAGUGUUGUUACUUGUCUUUCUUUUGGAGUUAGGUUCUUUUUCGUGGCUGCAAAUAAUGUUGGAAUUUAGUUACUCCUCUUUUAAGGAGGAAUUAUUGUUUUGCUAGCAGAGAUAAUAGUACCUCAUAUUGUGGUGGUAGAGUAACAUUUUACCAUAUUUUCUGUUUUU